UUCUCCUUCACAACCACCACAUCUUCACUCUACAAUUCCAUGGAGGAUUUUAGAUCCAAAUCAUACAGGGAUGGGGGGAUGCAGAUGGAGAGUUACUAUGGAGGAGGCCCUACCAGCAUGCAAGACUUGAGGUGUUACAGUGCUAGCUAUGCCACUAACUCUGUUCAUGUCCAACCCAGUCAGCUUGGCAAAGAGAUUAAGAUCAAGAAAACCAAAAGCUCUCUUGCCUCUUCUUCUUCUUCAAAAAGCUGGGGCUUUAAUGACCCUGAGUUGCAGAGGAAGAAAAGGGUUGCUAGCUACAAGGUUUACGCAGUCGAAGGCAAGAUGAAAGGGUCUUUAAGGAAGAGCUUCAGGUGGAUCAAGGACACCUACACCCAAGUUGUCUAUGGCUGGAGGUGAUAUUUGCCUACUCUUCUUCUUCUCCUUGGGGUCUGGGUUUUACUAUAUCGAUGUUGCUGAGAAAAACUGGGAUUUGGAA